AUGUCACCAACCGUUGGUUUGAUAUCCGCAGUAAGCAAUGAAGAGCCUACAGACAGUAAAACGUUAAAUAUCGCUUCUUUAGCUGUGGCUCAUGACAUUAAUCUCAUGAAGAGAGAUACGAGUGGAUUCAAUGGCCUCACUUCUGGUGGCUUUGAUUCAUUUAUUUCGGCACCAUCAGUUCGAUCACAAUGGAUUGCAUUUUGGAUUUUGUGGAUUAUUUGGGCACUUCUUUUAUUGAUGAAUUUGACCCAGAAAGAACUAGUUAAGCGUGAUGACAGAACAGAAAUAAGACAGUCGACUGCAGAACGCACCGAACGAACCGAAACAGGCACAAAUACCUUUUUGGAAAGAUUAGACAAUGGACUGAAACGUGCAUCAAGAAUUGCUCACGAUCUAUUAUUAGGCUUUUUAUCUGCAUUGGUCAUGAAUACACUUGGCCGUGGAUCUGGUAUAGCUGUGGAAAUACUUUCAUGGAUUUACCUCGGCUUAUCCAUUGUCUGGUUGGGUACUGAAAUGGUAACCGAAAAUAAACUUGUUCGGUUGUCACUAGGAUCUGUGUUAUUGUCAAUUUUGCUAACGAUCAUCAUUAUCUCAUACGCGACUGGUUGGAGAUUUGUUGGUUAA